UCGACAACGUCCAACAACACAAUUCCCUCCCACGACCCAUCGACUAGACAAGAUGCCGCGCAAAGCCAAGAAAGAUAUUGAUCUCGAGGACAUGAUGGAUGAUGAGCCGCCUAAGAUUGAGCCUUACACCGUCCUGGGCAUCGAGAAGACCGCGACGCCUGACAACAUCAAGUCUGCGUAUCGCAAGGCUGCAUUGAAGCAUCAUCCAGACAAGGCUUCCGAAGACAAGAAAGAAGAAGCCCACGCCAAAUUCCAAGAAAUCGCCUUCGCAUACGCCGUCCUCUCAGACCCCAUCCGCAGAAAACGCUACGAUGUCACCGGCUCAACUUCCGAGUCAAUCGAUAUCGACGACGACUUCAGCUGGGCCGAGUUCUACUCCGAGCAAUUCAGAGAUAUCAUCACACCUGACGCCAUCGACGCCUUCGCCAAACAGUACAAGAAAUCUGAUGAAGAGAAAGACGAUGUGCUCGCGGCGUACGAGAAGUUCAAGGGCAAGUGGGCUGGGAUCUAUGAGACGGUUAUGCUGAGCAACUGUUUGGAGGAUGAGGAGAGGUUUAGGGAGUACAUUGACGAGGCGAUUAAGAGGGGAGAUGUAAAGCCUUUUAGGGCGUAUAUGAGUGAGAGUGAGAGCGCGAAGGAGGCGAGGAUGAAGGCUGCGAGGGACGAGGGCACGGAGGCUGAGGAGUAUGCGAAGGAGUUGGGGGUGCAUGAUAAGUUGUAUGCGAGGAAGGGCAAGCCGAAGGGAGAGGAUGAGCUGAUGGCAUUGAUUCAGAAGAAGAAUGCCUCGCAAGGAGCCUCAUUUCUGGAUAAGCUGGAGGCCAAGUAUGCUGGCAAUGCGAGUUCUAGUGCGAGGAGGCAGAAUAAGAGGGGAACGAAGAGGGGAAGCGAGGAAAUGGAUGAUGGUGAGCCUUCUGAAGAAGCGUUCCAGGCUGCGGCGAAGAGACUGAAGGAGGGAAAUCAAUAUGGAGGAAGGAAGAAGAGUGAUGGGAAGAAGACCAAGAGAAAAAAGGCUUGAGUGCCGCAAUAUCAGUUCUCAUAGUCAUGCAUUGCGGGGCGUAUCAUGGAAGGGUUUCCGGCAGGAGGGAUAUGAGCACGGCGUCUACAUAGUAUGGAACAAUAACGAAUCAAUUUUCCCA